GUGGUUUGAAUAACAGUCUCAAUACUUCAAUAUGAAAAACAAAUACAGAACCUAACCUUUACGAGUUUCAGGUCGGUGGUACGAGACAACAAAUUUAUGCAAUCAUGAUUGUCAAAACCAUCAAACAAAACGAGUUUUAUCUCCUCAGGUCCAUCAGACUGAAAACCCUGGUGUCCUUUUGUUUUGCAAUCGUAUUUUUCACCAUAUUUAUCGACAUUGUGAACCAACCAAAGAGUGGAUCAAGUUUUUACCUUAAUUUAACAGAAGUAAAGUCGCACAUAGUCGAUGAAAAGUUUCUUAGCCUCGGAUUAGACACUAGCGUUGUAGCGUCCAAUUUUAAAGGUUUUAAUUUUACGAGCCCCAAACUGAAAAGUCUAAUUAGUAAUUUAAGCCCAUGUUACUUUCGCGUCGGCGGUAAUUUGGCGGACAUGUUGCACUUUAGUGUAAACGGCACGGACUACAGGACGCGCGAGAUUUCAUACAACGCCCAAAAUUAUACAGAUUUCAAUAUGACAGCAACAGAGUGGACAAAUUUGAACAAGUUUGUUAGUGAUGUCAAAGUCAAUCUGAUUUUUGAUUUGAACGCGCUAAGAAGAUUACAAAAUGGCGCUUGGGAUUCCAGUAACGCGAAGGAUCUCAUUAAGUUUUCGUCCGACAAUGAUUUCAAACUCUAUUGGGAAUUGGGCAAUGAACCCAACUCGUUCUAUCACAAGUUCAAUAGAAGUGUCAAUGCCAGUCAAUUGGGUCGCGAUUUUGUGGAGCUCAGAAAAAUCCUAGAUCAAUAUGAAACAUAUAAGUCGUCGUAUUUGGUUGGACCAGACGUCACUCGACCUAGAACUAAAGACAUAUCAAUGUAUCUUGAAAAGUUUUUAAGAGCUGGCGCCCGAGUAUUGAACGCCAUCACCUGGCAUCACUAUUAUUUCAACGGUAGAACGGCGACGCCAGAACAAUUUUUAGAUCCCGAGACUUUUGAUCUAUUAAAAAUCCAUAUUAAACGGGUUCUGAAGGUAACGCGUUCCCUUAAACUAGAUGAUAAACCUCUAUGGUUGGGGGAGACCGCGACGGCUUGGGGCGGAGGCGCCCGCGGCUUAUCCGACAGGUUUAUUGCCUCGUUUAUCUGGCUGGAUAAAUUGGGCCUGUCAGCCAAAAUGGGUGUCAGCGUUGUAAUGCGUCAAUCGAUAUUUCACGAACAUUACGCACUUUUAAAUGAUGAUUACGAUCCGAACCCAAACUACUGGGUAAGUAUUCUUUAUAAACGUCUAGUCGGACGUACUGUAAUAACAUCUCAAAAUGACAAAAACAUCGAAGUCAGACUGUAUGCUCACUGUGCAAAAAAAUCGUCGUUUAACGGUACCAGGCCAGCUCUCGUAGUGUUCGGGGUUAACGUCUCACCAACGGAGGCAAUAGUCAAAAUUGGUGGCGUCACAUCAGACCCUCUGGUCGAUUCAUUCGAGUUAACAUCAGAUUCCCUUUUUUCGCGAACGGUUUUGUUGAAUGGGAAACCCCUCCUUCUCGCGUCAAAUCACAGCCUCCCCGAUUUUAAACCCAAAGUGAUCGACUUGCUUAUGGGCGACAUCGUGAUGCCUAAAUACUCGUGUUGCUUCUGGAUUUUUCGCAAUGUCAAUGUCGCGGCUUGCGGGACAAACUGAGUUCGUUUUAUGUUAUGACAAAUAAAACACAUCUUUGUUAGCAA